AUGGAGAGUGGUGUGGGGGAAGAGACAGCUGUGACAGGAGACCGAGCUGGUGGUGCAGGGGAGGUCAGCUGUCAGAGACCAAGCUUCCCUUCCACACCGCUAGUUCAGCCACCUGUGACUUCUGGAAGAGUCAGGAUGCAGAGCGCUCUUCCUCCUGCGCUGGUGCGGGUCUCGGAUCCAGCACUCCUAACAUUGAAUAUUGUAUUGACAGGGUGCUUCAAAGCUGGAACAUAUUACGAAGAUACAUCAAUAAAUAAAGAAAACUGCAAUUACUGUUACUGUCGGAAUACUCAGUGGAUUUGUUCAAACCAUACUUGUCUUGUAGAGCCAGAUUUGAUGAAUUACAUCAAUAAUGGAAAUUUUGGGUGGAAAGCCGAAAACUACAGUCAGUUUUGGGGCAUGACAUUGAAUGAAGGAUAUGAACAUCGACUGGGUACGAUACCUCCAUCUCCAUCGCUUCUCAGCAUGAAUGAAAUGGCUGUUCGAGUAUCACCAGAUGAGGAAUUUCCAUUGUAUUUCAUUUCUACAUACAAAUGGCCUCAGUAUAUCCACAGGCCUUUGGAUCAAAAAAAUUGUGCAGCAUCCUGGGCAUUUUCCACAGCAAGUGUUGCAGCAGAUCGGAUAGCAAUACACUCUGAGGGCCGCUACACAUCAAACCUCUCUCCUCAACAUUUGAUUUCUUGUAAUGUUCACAAUCAGAAUGGGUGCAGGGGAGGACACAUAGAUGGUGCUUGGUGGUUCCUGAGAAAACGUGGGUUGGUGUCACAUGAAUGUUAUCCUUAUAUAACAGACGACAUUAAUAAUGUGCAUACCAUGUGUAAUCUAUCAAGUGAUACAGACAAAUAUGGAAAAAGUUAUGCAACAAAGCCAUGCCCCAACAGUUUAGUUGAUUCCAACUAUCUCUAUCAGUGCAGUCCACCUUACAGAAUACCUUCAAAUGAAAGAGCAAUCAUGAAGGAAAUUUUUGAAAAUGGUCCAGUACAAGCGGUUAUGACAGUAUAUGAAGAUUUUUUCCUCUAUAAAUCUGGGAUCUACAAAUACAGUGGACUGGACAAAAACCCAUCUGAUAGGCAUCUGCGAGUCACGCAUUCCGCUAAAAUUAUUGGGUGGGGGACUCUAGGAAACUCAGAAAAGGAUAACUUCUGGAUCGUUGCAAAUUCAUGGGGAAACUCUUGGGGUGAAAAUGGAUAUUUCAGAAUUCAUCGUGGAAAAAAUGAGUGUGGAAUUGAAAGCCUAAUCAUAGCAGCUUGGUGUCAUGUUAAUACCAAUUUUUAUGAAUGAAUCUUUUUAAU